AUGGCAACCUCUAUUCCAAAUCCAAAAUUCUCUAGCCAUUCUCGUUCAAUCAGUUUGCCUUCUUCAUCUCAUCCACUUAUUGUUACUGCUGAGGAACAUCUGCAAAAAUUGAAGUCAUCAGAAGGGGCAUCCUCAACUUCACAUUCAUUGGCAUGCCAAAAAUUGGAUGGCCUCAAGAACUUGUACGAGUGUCUGGACGAUGUGCUUCAGCUCCCUUUGAGUCAACAAGCUCUCUCAAAUGAAAGACUUGGAACAUGGGAAGAAGAGGUCUUGGAUGGAUCUCUUAGGCUGUUGGACAUUUGUGGGGCACUAAGAGACAUCUAUUUACAGACAAAGGAAAGUGUGCAGGAACUUCAAUCAUCUCUACGGAGGAAAAGAAGUGGAAAUUUGGACAAUGAAGUCUGCUCAUAUAUGAUCUGCAAAAAGAACUUGAAUAAAAUGAUAAGCAAAUGCUACAAGGAAUUGAAGAAAGCAGAGAAGAACUGCAACUUGGCAGUGGUAAACAAAGAUUGCGCCGUGCUUAACCUGAUCAAAGAAGUUCAAGUUGUUAGUCUUCCAGUGUUGGAGUCUGUUCUAUCUUUCCUUUCUGGAUCAAAGGCAGGGUCACAUCCAAGAGGUUGGUUCUUGGUCUCAAAGUUAUUACAGCAAAAGAGAGCAUCACAGGGAGGAGACUCCAGCACUGCUGCAAUUGAGCAAAUAGAAAUUCAGUUGCAUCUCUUGAACAAAAAUAAGUCAAACAAGGAUGUACUGGAAAAACUUGAGGGAGUGGACUCGAGCAUUGAAGAAUUAGCAGAGGUGCUUGAAAUUGUGUUCAGGCUUUUGCUGAAAACCAGAGUUUCCCUUCUCAACAUUGUCAACCACUAA